GUGUGGGGAGCCAUGUAAGGGUGAGGUGCUGCGGGUCCAGUCCAAGCACUUCCACCUGAAGUGCUUCACCUGUAAAGUGUGUGGCUGUGACCUGGCUCACGGAGGCUUCUUCAUGAAAAAUGGAGACUACCUGUGUACCCUGGACUACCAGCGAAUGCACGGUACACGCUGCAACGGCUGUAGGGACUUUGUGGAGGGAGAGGUGGUCACUGCCCUAGGCAAGACUUACCACCCUGCCUGCUUUGUCUGCACCAUCUGCAAACGACCAUUUCCUGCUGGGGAUAGGGUCACCUUCAAUGGCAAAGACUGUCUGUGUCAGUACUGUGUCCAGCCCAUGUCCCCAGGACCUGGCAAAGACCUCAUCGACUCCAACUGCUGUACGGGCUGUGGUAGAGACAUUAAGAAUGGUCAGGCUCUCUUAGCACUGGAGAGACAGUGGCACCUGGGCUGCUUUAAGUGUACGGCCUGUAAAAAAGUCCUCACUGGGGAGUACAUCAGCAAGGAUGGCGCACCCUAUUGUGAGAAGGACUACCAGAUCCAUUUUGGGGUCCAGUGCGAGGCAUGCCAGCAGUUUAUCACAGGCAAAGUGCUGGAGGCAGGGGACAAACACUACCAUCCCAGCUGUGCACGAUGCAGCAGGUGCAACCAGAUGUUCACAGAAGGAGAAGAGAUGUACCUGCAAGGAUCAACCGUGUGGCACCCUGGCUGUAAGAACACAACCAGAACAGAGGAGCAACAGAGGGAACAGCCUUCAAGGUCAUCAUCUGAGAGUAUCUGUUCCAGACCUGGUUCAAGCAUACAUGGCUCACCAGGUCAUACCAUAUAUGCAAAAGUAGACAAUGAGAUCCUUGAAUACAGGGACCUAGCCGCCAUUCCCAAAGUCAAAGCAAUUUAUGAUAUAGACCGCCCUGAUCUGAUUACCUACGAGCCUUUGUACACCUUGUCCCUUGACGAGAGGGAGGAGAGGAAGGAGAGUGUGGGAGAGCUCCAUACUGCGAGAAGGGAGCGUUCCCCCAUGCCAGAUGACAAGUCCUCAAGAAACAUGUCACCUACACCAUCCGCUAGCUGCUAUGACAUAAGAGAACGCAUCCUUCAGAGGUCUACCAGUCAGGGCUCCAUCGGCUCACCUGUCUACAAUCGUCAUAGUUACACCCCGUUGUCACGCUCACCACAGCAUUUUCACAGACCAGAAGCUUUGACAGGCAUGCAGAAGCUCUGCUCCGCCCUGUGUAGUAACAGUAUGGGCUCCUCCAGCCAUAGUGACUCCCGUCCCACCUCACCUUUCAGACACCACUCCUUUCCCCAUAGCCAAGGCACUGAUCCACAUAGCGGGCGGAGCUCUCCUAUACCCCAAAGGCCAGACAGCCGGCCUGUCACUCCGCCUCUCUCUCUGACCCCUAAACAUUUCCACCUCCCAGAUCAGGGGAUCAACAUUUACAGGAAACCACCCAUCUACAAACAACACGGGCCUGGAAUUCGGAGAAGGAGAUGGUCUAGGGAAGAGGAGGAAGAGGAGGCCCUGAAGAGAAAGCAGCUCCAGGAGGAGCAUAUCAACAAGAUCCAGUCUGGUUUGGGGAAGCUGAUAAUGAAGGAGGAGAAUGAGAAGGAGCAGAUCAGGGAACGCAGCCAAUCAGCUCAGCGCUAUGAUCCCCAGCAGACGAACUGUGAUGGAGAUAAUUCCAAAACCUCAUCGCUGCCUGGUUAUGGACGGAAUGGAUUACACAGGCCUCAGUCCGCAGAUUUCACUCCUUACAACAGCCAUGGCAACAUGUGUGGGGGAGGAAGAGAGUUUCAGCACAUUAGGGAUGGCAGUGCUGCAGUAACAAGAAUGGACAGGGGAGUGUCUAUGCCUAAUAUGUUGGAAACAAAAGUUGUACCAUAUGAAAUGCUCAUGAUAACCAGUAGAGGGCGAGCUAAACUGCCCAGGGAGGUGGACAGAACAAGAAUGGAGCGACACUUAGCCCCAGAAACGUUCUUUGACAUCUUUGGGAUGGAGAUCCAGGAGUUUGACAGGCUUCCACUGUGGAAACGCAACAACAUGAAAAAGAAGGCCAAUCUCUUCUAGCAGUCAGAGCAGAAUGCACUCAUCCCAUCCUUUCAGAUAGCACUCUACUUUUAACACUGUAAUAUAGAUGUAAGGUUUGUUUUGAUUUUUGUCAACCUUUUUUUCUGACAUGUUCAAGAAGGCAAUGGACUCUUCUUUCUUUUUUCACGAUGCCUCCUCUGCAGACUGAAUACAUGAUAUGAUUACUAAUAGAUACAUUUGAAAGGCUACAAGGAAAGAAAAUAAAACAAUUUCUUCCAUGUUCAAAAAUGAGAAAGAAUUAUGAAUUAAGUCAUGUUCUUUUUGAUUGCUGCGCUUGUUUUAAUUUCUGGCUUUGCUUUGAAUGGAACUGCUUUCCUUGACCUGCUUGUUUCCUCAUAUUUGUUGCUGUUGAUUCCUGUGGAACUUUGUUAGUAGAAUUUCAUGGCACCAUAUGAUACAUGCUGUUCAUAUGCAAAAAUUGAAUGUCUGUCAGCUUCACAUGUCAAUGGUCAGUUUGCCCUCAUUUGGGCUAUCAAGUCAAAUCAAAUGGCUGUCUUCAUCAUGGGAAAUAUUGGGUCUUGCCAUUUCUUUAUGGCCCUAAUACAUACCAGCUAGCCUAAGCUCCUAACUAUGUUACUCUCACUGGCAUCAGAGUCUGGAAAAGCUGCUAUUCAAAAUAAUAUAAUGUGGUUUACGUAUAGAUCCGGGUCAUAUUCUUUAGGGCAUGAAACGGAAAACAUUUUAAACUGCUUUUCAACAGAAAAUGGAAAUGAGCAUUCGUUAUUGGACGAGUCCAAGUAGUCCCUCCCUGUUUCAGUCUGUUUUCUUUGGUUUGAUGCCAAAUGAGUUCGACUCAGUUUCGCCUCUCAGGCUCCCAUUGGAGUAGCAAUUCCUAUUUUACUAACAAACACAUUAAAUGUAAAAAAUAAAAAUGAAAUACUAUUUGAAAUGACUGUUUUAUAAAGGAAACCCACACUGCCAUUUGUUGUACUAAAAUAUAAUCAAAAAAUAAAGCUUUAAAUCACUGUGUAUGUUAAUCCUCGGCUACUCCAAAGGUAUCGCCUGUAUUAGUUUACCUGUUCUCCUCUCAGCUAUUAAACUAUAAUAAACACUGUGGUUCAUAUAUGCUGUUCAAGGAACUACAGUGUGUAAUGUAAUAUGAGGACUCUCCUGUCAAGUUUUAUGGAACAAAUCAGACAGUGUGUUCCGUUGACUUCCUGGACUUCAGCCAAUAAAGAG